AUGGAAAUCAUCAGGAAGAGGAUGAUGCACACUGGACUGAGGGUUAAUCGUUUGCGUCGUUUGAACGAAGUCAAUCGUAGUUUUGAUCUGUUUCGCCACUCAAUAAGCACAACGACAGUUCGAACUGCGAAACAAAAACCCCAAAUACCUAAAAAGCCCUCGAGAUCUCAACAGCAAUACAAAACUCCAAGUCCAAGACAAGUUUUGGACCCUACUCCACCCCCUCCUCCCCCUCCACCAGCAGCGAAACAACAUCCACUUCAAGGUAGGAAAUUUGCUUUAAUAGGAAGUAGUAUCGCUGCUUUGAUAUUUGCCGGCUACUCUUCCUAUUUAUUUGUUCUACUCAAUAAAGAACCUACCAAAUCUUCUUCUUCUAAAGUUCAAGCUGAUGUCUCAUCCCGCUAUGAUACCAUUGCGUCUACGUUUGAUUCGGAAGUUGACUGGACGGAAUGGAGUAUGGGAAUCACGAAGAUGCGCAAAAAAUUGGCGCAAGAAGCACAUGGAGAUGUACUCGAAGUAUCUAUUGGUACAGGCAGGAAUCUAGAGUUUUAUGACUGGAAUUUCAAAGGAUUCAAUGGCGUUGGGAAAAUUCAAAAAGUGGGUGGUAUUAAGAAGGGGAAAGUUAAGAGUUUUACGGCUGUUGAUAAAAGUGGUGAGAUGUUGGAAGUUGCCCAUGAAAAGUUCUCGACAAUGUUUCCAGGAGUCUUGGGUGUGAGAUGGAUAAUUCAGGAUGCUUCCGAGAAAAUACCAGGCCCCCCUCGAAAUGCAAACGAAACAAGCGGGAACAAAGACGCGAAAUAUGAUACAGUGAUUCAGACUAUGGGAUUGUGUUCCGCUGCUGAUCCGGUAGGACUAUUGAAGAAUCUGGGAGAGUGCGUGAAAGAAGAUGAAGGGCGCAUAUUAUUGUUGGAGCAUGGAAGAGCAAAAUGGGAUUGGUUAAACAGAGCGUUGGACAACAGUGCAGAAGGGCAUGCAAAGCUUUUCGGAUGUUGGUGGAAUAGAGAUUUGGGAAAAAUUGUCGAAGAGAGUGGGCUUGAAGUUGUGAAUAUUAAAAGACGACAUGGCGGAACGACCUGGAGAAUUGAGUUGAAAAAGCCUAAAGCCACACCAAAAGACAGUGGCGUGAAGGUUGCGACAGAAGAGAAGAUACAGGAUGCAACCAAAAAGGGAUGGUGGUAA